AUGUCGUCUUCUCUCUUUACGCACCCAGAAAUCCCUCUAUGGCUUAAAGUCAAGCUAAUAUUGGCAAUCCCAAUUGCUGGAAGUUGGGGUGCAAUUACAUGCAUCGGCACCAGACGGUCUUGGAAGCGAGCUGUCCACCUAUCCAUCGUGCGGCAAGUACUCAAGCUCCUCGCUCCUGUCUCUUCAAAACUAGUCGGAGGCUCGACUGGUGAUACAUACCGUCUAUGGGCGUCGACGAAGAGGCUUCCGAUCUUCUCAGAAGAAAGCGGCGAGGGCGGACGUCUUCACUGGAUUGAAGAAAAGCGGUUGGAAGGUAAAGUCCUUCUGUGGUUUCACGGCGGAGGAUAUGCCGCGCCUGCGACUGAUGACUGCUAUAAUGCCGUAUUGGCGAUGAAGCAGGAUACCGGAGAGGCCGUUGGCGGCCUAGCGGUUGCAUUCCUCGAAUACUCGCUGAUACCGGCAACGCCGUUUCCAGCCCAACUUCGUCAGGCGACGGCAGCUCUAACUCAUCUGCUUUCGCAAGGAGUAUCGCCGUGCAACAUCGUCCUGGGCGGAGACUCCGCCGGAGGCAAUCUCGCACUGCAACUAAGUUCGCACAUCCUACACCCCUUACCUGACCUCUAUCCCCCACCUCAACUAUCAGAUCCGCUUGCUGGCAUAGCCCUCGUCUCUCCUUGGACGUCAUUCCACGGUCGAUACAAGUCGUUCAAGACGAAUGCGCUCGAAGACGUCCUCUCGCCGGACGCGUUCAUCGACCUGGGCAAGGCGAUAUCCUUGGGUAUCACAGAGAAGACGCGCCAUCAUCUUGAGCCGGCGACAGCUCCGUCUGAGUGGUGGGCCGGCAUCAGCGGCGUAGCGCCCAAGGUGCUCGUCACGAUGGGUGAGAAAGAAUGCCUCUUCGACCAGGACGUAGAGAUCGCGCAGUAUCUGGCGACGCACACUCGAGUGGAGAAGGUAGUGCAGAUAGGCGGGGUACAUGAGGACUUCAUCUUCGCGUUCGGGGCCGGGCCAGAUGAAGGCAGAGCUGGGGACGACUAUCGGGCCGUUGUAGCGUGGUUGAGGGCCGUCUUCCUGUAA